GGUGUUCCAAUCCCCUCCAUAUCAUGUGAUUCAGGUGUUCCAAUCCCCUCCAUAUCAUGUGAUUCAGGUGUUCCAAUCCUCUCCAUAUCAUGUGAUUCAGGUGUUCCAAUCCCCUCCAUAUCAUGUGAUUCAGGUGUUCCAAUCCCCUCCAAUCAUGUGAUUCAGGGUGUUCCAAUCCCCUCCCUAUCAUGUGAUUCAGGUGUUCCAAUCCCCUCCAUAUCAUGUGACUCAGGUGUUCCAAUCCCCUCCCUAUCACGUGAUUCAGGUGUUCCAAUC